AUCAAUGUCGCUCCGGCGCUGAAGCCAGUGCGCCGGUCGGUCUGGGAAUGAGCGCAACUUCCACACGCUGCUGCUUCUUUUUAUUCUCGCAUUGGAAAGGCAAACGCCGGGAGGCUGCUUUCAGAGCCAGACCCGGGAUGGGCUCUCUGGCGGCUCUGCGCACCGUCCUGGUCCUGGGUUUUGUGACCGGAAUGGCGGGAUGUGUCCCCGGCCUGAACGGGACAGCGGACCGCUGGGAGGCCCUUUACUCCCGGUCCCUGGCGCGGAUCCCGGGGGAGAAGCGGGAGGAGGUCAGCCGGGACAGCGACUACCUCCUGGGCAUAAAAAGGUUACGGCGCCUCUAUUGCAACGUGGGGAUCGGCUUUCAUAUUCAGGUGUUACCAGACGGUAGAAUAACGGGAGUACACAACGAAAAUCGUCACAGUCUUCUUCAGAUCUCUCCAGUGGAGAGAGGAGUGGUGACCCUGCUGGGCGUUCGCAGUGGACUCUUUGUGGCCAUGAACCGGCGAGGAAAGCUGUACGGAUCUUUGCACUACAACAACGAGUGCAAGUUCAGGGAGAAGCUCCUUGCCAACAACUACAACGCCUACGAGUCAGUAGCCUACCCGAGGAUGUACAUCGGACUGAGUAAGAACGGCAAAACAAAAAGAGGAAACCGAGUGUCACCCGCCAUGACGGUGACACAUUUCUUGCCAAGAAUCUAGUGGCCUCAUAAAUAGACUUCACCUCAAUUUGGAGACGGGGAAGUUUGGGUGGGGUGGGGGGGGACUCCACACCAUGAUGCACUUUCACUCCAAGCUUUAUGCAAGUGUAUCAUAUUUGAUUUUUUGUUAUGUAUAUUUUUUUUUAUUUAUGUUUCACAACAGUUUUGUAUUUUUUUAGGAGGGGUUGUCUUUUCACCGUGAGCGGGUAAGAGAAAGAUACAAGAUGUUAAAUGUUAUUUAUGUUUUCAUUUUCUAAUUUAUCCGAUAUUUGCUGCUACUCAAUGAAAUCCUGUCUUUAGAUGCUGUCUUUGCACUGAUGGGAAAAUAUGCAAAUACGCAGCAGUGCACAGGAGACAUUUAUGACUUUACUAUGGUUUUUUUGUAUAAUUUUUAACAAAAACAGGACCCUUGGGAGUCUUAGCCUGAAAAAAGAAAUGAGGCACGGGGGUCUUUGGUGACAGAAGUGGUACUGAUUGCUCAACGCUAGCACUCUUUUGUGUGGCACUGGAGCCUAAUUGAAACAGUAUCAUCUUACUGCUAGAGAGAGAGAAAGAGAGAGACAGAGAGAGGUGGGGAGGAAAGAAGGAGGAGCGGAGUGGUCAAAAAAAAAACACAACCUCCACUGGUCUGUUUAUAGCUUUGCCAGGGGGGGCGAACUCUGAACUUUUCUGCCGUCAAUCUCAGUCAGACCUAUAAGACUGCAGAUAGAGAGAGGCAUCCUCUUUGACAUUAUAUAAGUGGGGAAUUUGGGAGUUUAAAGGCAUGGUCAAAGCGCUGAGACGCUACAGAGAAACUGUAUCCUUGACUGUGGAAUAGGACUAUUCUUUAUUUUAUGGACUGGUCUGCCUGCUUGGACAGCAGAUAUUGUAGUUUGUGCCAAGCUUAAUAAUUCAGUAUAUUGGCCAAUAUUUGCUUGGAAAAGAUAAAGAUAUUUGAACUCAAAGACAUUAUUGCAACACAUUAGUAAAGCAUUGAAUUUGAAUAUCUAAAGGUGGCAUUAGAAAUCAAUACAUUGUUUUAUUUCUUAGGACAUUUCUCCAAAUAUGUGUCUUUCGUUAUUGAACUUAAGCCCAUCACUGAGUCUAAAACGUGGCCAUAACAGAUCAUUAAAUUAUAUGCCUUAAUAUACAAUUUUAACAGGUUAUUUUAAAAAUGAAUCUGUAUCAAUUUUUUAGGGGGCGCCACCUCGCUAGAUCUUCCCCUGUAGUGAGCUUAAAUGAGAUGUUGGUAAGCAUAUUUUUCAAACUGUGCACAGAGCCAGGCUACCUGUUUCCCCCUGUUUCCAGUCAUAGUGCUAAGCUAAGCGAACCACCUGUUGGCAGUAGCUACAUAUUUGGCAUGCACAUGAGAGUGAUAUGGAUUUAACAGCAAGAAAGCAAAAAUAAUUUCUCAAAAAUUCGAACUAGUCCUUUAAUGAUCUAGUUGAUGAUCUAGAGUAUCUCUUCCUUCAGAUUUUUUAUGGGAUUUCUCAGGCGAUACAUCAGUGUCACUCACUAAGUGCAUUUCCCCUCCAGACACUUCCUGGUGCAGUGAUAAACAAUAACACACUCAGGAUAAAAUAAGCUCACAAAUACAUUUUGUUGAGGAUACAAACUUUGGCACAAUUUCCAGUUCUCUGUAGCGUUUCCUCUCUUUUACUAAACCAACAGCCCUCAAGCUUUAACGUCCUACAGCAUUAGCUGUCCUAGGCACUAGCUCAGUUUAGUGGCCAUAUUUCCCAGAAUCCUUCUUUCUUUUCCACUGUGUCUCUCUGUUAGUUUCUGCAGUCGACUGCAGCCCAGCUCUGGUAGCCAAGUUGUCCUAGUUGCGCCUUGUCACUUUCCAGCUAUCUUUACCCUGUGAUUUACUUUUAGAAAGGAUAAUCAUGGAAGAAAUAUUUACGGACAGCUGUUGGACUGUACUAUAUACUAGGGCCAGUAACCCUAUAUUUUUCUUUAUAUAUUUUGUAAAUAUAACCUCUAAGUAACUGAAGGUGCU